CACGCCACUAGCUUGACCCAUUAAUAGCCGUCAAAGAUCGGCAAGGGUCAACGACCUGCAAGCGCGUCGCGCCGAGUCCAAGUUUAAUCCUCCCAAAUUCGAUUGCACAAAGCCACCUAAACGAAUACAACUCGUUACACAGAACUCCAUAGGCUUGGCGGAGGAAACUCGCAGAGUCACGAUGCCUCCACCUUCGCCGUUCUCUUUGCGGCCAUGGCCCACCGGUGACAAGAAGCCCAAGACGAUGGGCGAGUUCAUCGCGCGGGCCAACGCCGGACCAGGCGGCUUUAGGAGUCUCAAUGCCGAUGACCUCCGGGCCCAGAUCGAAGCUCGCAAGACGGGCGCCACGCCUGCAGAGCCGAGUACCGAAAUGGAAAUCGACGCGGCCAGCGACUCGGACGAAGAAGGAGACGAUCAAACCAUGACAACUGAGGCAUUGAGAAAAGCUCGAGACGAAGUGUUGAAGAACAUCGAAAUUGCUCACCAAAGCGCUAUGAUGACCCAGGAUUUGGUGUCUCUGCUGAUGUCCAAAGAAAACCCCACGACCGCCAAGACCACAAUAUCCCCUCACAUUGCCUCUCUCAAGUUGACUGGGACAUUGGGUGCCGACAAGCUAGCCGCCCCCCAGACUAAUGCCGCCAGGAUACUUGAUGGCAAGACAAUGGCUACGGGUUGGAAACUUAUUGAAGUUGACAAGACUGUAGAAUCCGUUAUGGUGGCUGCGACCCGGCUCCAGAAAGAAAUCUCGCUUGAAACGGCAUACUGGGCAGAGGUUCUUGGCGUCAGUGAGAAGGGCUGGUCUGUAUGCCGCCUGCCGUAUGAAAAACAAACCUUGGGUGUCAGAUUCGGGUUUUCGGAGUCGACCCCUGAGUUUCAAAAGAACAACCUAGCUCCCAUGCGACGAAAGGCCGACGGCUCUGUUGAUCUUGCUGCGGCCAGUGUAGCACAGAGCCAACGGGUACGUGUAUCGAUUGAGAGGGAUCAGACAAUAGUUGGUCGCUCUGCUUUGCCGAGCCCAACUCCACCCGAUGCGCCCCUUGAAGCUCGUGUUCUCGAGGCCAGGAACACCAUUUUUCACCAAGAGCUAUGGCAUGAGAUCAAUCGGGAGGCUCGUACUCUUUUGGCUCAUAACGUGCGUCUUGAUGGGUCUACAGUUGUGGUCGAGAUGGACAAGAAUACCAAAGCUGUGUUCAGUUUGGUCACACUUGGCGAAGAUGAACCGGCGGCAAACACAGGCGGUGACAGGUCCACGGAGGACAUUCUUGCUGAGACUGUCAGUAGUGCGCUAAGCCUGCUCCUAUCUCACGCACAUCGUCUCAACAUGCGCAUGCGAUCACAACCUGGUCCUCCGCAUCUGAGGCGAUCACGUCUCGGGCAGCCAUACGCAUUGAUCAAGGGUGUUAUGGCAUACUUGGAGUACGAGAACUCGGUUGGAAAUGCCACUCGUUUUAUGUCGGAUCUCACCAUAGUCCUUCAGUCUGCCGGUUAUACGCAUGCGUCGUACACGCUGACCGAGCCUUCCAUCGCGAUCUCGAGCUCCUCUGCACGUCACGCGUCGUCCUCAGAGGCUCUUCUGAGCUCACUCACUACCCCUCGUGAAUUUCAGCUAGAGCUGACGAUGACCCCGAAAGCCCGAGUCCUGGUCAGCGGAACAACGAUCCUUUAUCCCAACCUUCUCACGAGUUUCAACGUCAAGCUUUUGCCGCCCUCUGAUGAUGCAGACGCUCCAGAAGACGAGCCGCCCCCAUCCAAUGUCUUGCGCACUCUGUUCCCGCCAGCGGAAUUCUAUCCCAACUUCAGGGAGGUGAUGCUAUGGAUAGCAGGUGCGGUCCCAAGAGUUAUGGCCGACGAGGCAGAGGAGUUUGCGUUCAAACUUGCCAAGCUCGCACCUGCAGAUUCGGAAGAGCGUCGCGACUUUGUAAAGUCCAUCAGCGGCAUUGCCGUGCACGGCACCCAGCCGGAUCAAUCUGAUGUCAGGUUCGAAAUUCGCCUUUCAGGCAUCGACUUGAAGAGCGGAGGACGGGAACCAGAUGCAGAAAAGAGGCUAUCAGGGCAAUAUACACCUGAAUUACAUGUCUUGGGGAAAUGGUCGGUGCCGGGUGGCAAUGGCGACUCUUUCAAACAUGAGUGGAUCUGGUCGGUGGAUCGCCAGGAAAGCAGGCCUUUGGAGGAGGUAUACCAAGGAAUUCUGAGGGCCUCACAUCAAACAAUGGCAAGCAACGAAGCAUCAGCCCCAGUCACAGACUACGACAAAUUCAUGGUCGAGGGCUGGGGCAGCGUGCAAGAGUUCCUGGCCGCCUUCAAGCUGCAGCCGGGCGACAUGGCCAAAGCGCACCGCAUCAUCGACGAGAUAUGCGCGCCGCACCCCGACGACGAGGAUGUGGACGAGGAUGACGACGGCGCCAUCGACUAUGACAAGUUCAUGAAGGACGGCUGGGGCUCUGCGGACAAGUUCUUGGCGGCGCAUGGGUUGAAGGCGGGCGAGAUGGACAAGGCUAGGAGGAUUAUCGAUCAGAUGUGUGCGCCUGACGAGGACGAGUGA